AAAAUGUUUGACAGUGACAGCUUGUUCAAUGGAUUAGUCUGGCGUGCAGUGCAUAUAUUUUGUUUGCCCGUAGUACAAUACUUGGUGCGUGACUAGGUGAUUCCUGCGUUGUGUUUUAUGUUGCGUCUUUGUGAUCAAACAUAUAUCCGAUUUUCGAUUGAAAUCACAGCACCUACAAUUGCUCGUGUUUCAAUGUAAAUCACACACUGAAGGGCGAUAGAAACUAUGGAAUUGCUGACCUACUGAUGGAUCCACACAACGGACACAUUGUCUUAAUUCCGCUAAGAUGAUCCCAGUUUACUCUUCAUUUCUUAAAAUGGCCAUUGCACCAUUUUAUUUGCUCCUUUUGUGGUUCAAUAUCAGUUGUGGAUCUCAAGUUGAUGAUGUGUCGGUGGCCCAUGUCUAUGCAGACAUUGGAUCUAAUGUGUCUUUACCCUGCCUACCACAGAGUCUCAGAUCAAACACAGAGGUUUACACCCCUGCCGUUGGUGAGAACUCUCUUUUGCUCUGGAUCAGAGAGGGCAAAACCCUUCAGCACAGCAAGGUUGAAGAAAACGGGAUCCUCACAUUGACCAAAAUCACCAGGGCAGACUCUGGUGUCUACACCUGUCAGGCAGAAGAGUCUUUCGGUUACUCUGAAAGGACUUUCACCAGAAAUGUGGCUCAAGUGGAGCUCCACAUCAAAACAACACCCCCACCUCCAGCUUAUUUGACAGUCUACCCAUCAUCAGUGUUAGCUCUAGUCACGUGGAAACUCAACAGCACUGGAGGUUACCCAAUCAAAUCUGUCUCUGUCAUUUACCAAGAAGUCACAGAUGAUGAUUGGAACAAUCCAGCUUGGCAUCGAACAUAUCCUGAAGAACUAAAGCCAUCAAUUACCCAAGUGGAGAUUUACAAGCUGCACCCAAAUACGACCUACAAAUUCAGAGUAUGGGCAAUCAAUAAACUAGGCCCAGGGGAUUAUGCAGAAGUCAUGGCAACUACCAAAGACACCCUUGACAAUCAAGUUCAUGGGAGUUUGACAUCGACCUAUGGGCGUAUCCAGUCAAGCCCUUGGAUCCUCACCCUGUCAGUGUUGGUCGGUUCGGUCGGAUUCACCGUCCUCGUCUUGGCUUUCUUUAUGCUUCAAAAUCGGAGAAUUUGUUCGAGAAGAAGGAUGUAUGAUUCAUCUGAUGAUAUGGAACUAGUGACCAACAUCAUCGUGAACCCAAACUACCAGGCGGAGAGUGACCGCACCCUUUUGACCAACGAAGGCCACAACGACCGUCAAGCUCUUUUGACAUGUAACUUCAUGGUCCCUCGUCGCCCGGCUGUUUGUUUGUGAAAUGAUAUAACUCCCCAAAAAACCCUUUUAUAAAUAGUACAGCUCUCUCUCUCUAUUUCCCGACACCACACCACAAUUUGUUUUUUUCCAUUUCGCAAUCCGAUGGCUUCCCCACCAUGUUGUUGUAUCCACUCGAAUGAAUUGACACACACACACACACACGCAUCGUCAGCCAUGUAGAAAAUCGCCAAAUUCACUCCGGCGUGUUUGAUUUAUCACCGUUCUCUCCACAUACUAACAAAAACUCGUUACAACUCCCCUCCCCCUACUCCAAACGUAUGGCUCUGUUAAUUAAAAUACUCUCAGCUAACUUUUAAAUCGAUCCGAUCGCCUUUAUUUCGAUAAAAGAUUGUCGUCCCCGCACUCGCUUCAUUGAAGAUAUUUUGCACUUCUAGUCGACUCCCGUCUCGUCCUCUCUAUCUCUCCAAUUUUCACUUAUAUUAUUAUCCUAAAAAUAAAUCGCAAUUGUAUUUGAAAGAAAAUAACGGCCUUUGAUGUAUUGAACCGUGCAUCGUCCACCCCCGCGUAAAAAAAAAAGAAAAAACGUGACAGGAACAAAAAAAAUUCGGGAAAAAAAUAAUACCGUUCGUGUAUAUUUUAGCUCCUUUUUGUUCUGUAGAUGGAAACACAUUUUCUCGUGCACUCUGCGCCCCAUUAUAUAUUUGACACGUUAUUCGUGGCCCUGACUGUAGAUUAUUCUUUUUGUGCGGGAAUUUCAAAUAAUGAUAUCCGAAUAAAGUGAAGAAAUAAACCUGGAAUGUUGUCACUAA